AUGUUCAAUUCAUUCAAACUCUUAAGAUUAAGACCAAUUAGGUUAUUACCAAUAAUUGCAAUAUCAACAUAUACAAUAACAAAUCAAUAUAAAUGGAAUAAUUCAAGAAUAUAUUUAGAUUCACAAUUAUCACCUCAACCACCACAAAGUAUAAUUGUUGAUUCUUCUAUAUCACCAUUCCCCAAGAAUUUAAAAAAAUCAUCAUUUAUAACUCAAGAUUAUACAUUAUUAGGUCAUGGAGUUAGAUCAGUUACAUUUAUUAGUUUUAAAGUUUAUGGUAUAGCAAUAUAUAUUGCAAAUUCAGAUUUAUCAAAAACUCAAAAGAUCUUGAAGGAGUAUGAAUUAAAUAAUCCAGAUCCUGAACAUAAAUCCUUAAAUAAUCCAAAAGAAUCAGAUCAAAUUAUUGAAUCAUUAUUAAAUCACAAUAUUAGAUUUCUUAUCAGGUUAUCACCAGUUAGAAAUACAGAUUUCAAUCAUUUAAAAGAUGGAUUAAUUAAAAGUAUAUUAGCUUUUCCAAAUUCAAAGAAUUUAAAACUGGAAUUAAAUCCAGGAUUAGAAGAAUUAAGAAAUGUAUUUAGUAAAACAAGAGGUUCAGUACCAAAAGAUGAUUUAUUAGUAAUGGAAAUUUUAAAAAAUGGAGAGCUAGCAAUAACUUAUUUAAAUCAAAAAAAGGAUAAGGUAAAGGAAUUGGGGGUUGUUGAAAAUCCUUUAAUUGGUAAAAUUUUAAUGCAACAAUAUUUAAGUUCUAAAAAACCAUUAAGUGAAAGUUUAAAAAAUAGUUGUAUUGAUGGAUUAAAUGAAUUGAUUUAG